UUAAUAAAAAUUCUCAGUCCACGAUGAUCCCGCGACCUGUCAACAUGUGGCCUGCGAUAUUUAUGUUUAUGUUCGGGGUGUGUGUCUGUCAGAAGGUGAAUUCUCGUAAACUGAUAGAGGUGGCGUCUUGGAAACAGAUCAGCUAUAAUAUUUACGGAGUUUUAUAUGACACCGACGCAUACACAAGAAGAGCAAACAGCAGCACUUUCUACCCGCAAGAUCUAGAAGAUUCUGAGAAAUUCUUCAUACAAUACAACAAUGUACCCAUAGGUUUUGAGGUCUAUAACAAUAAGGCGUUUGUUACGGUGCCCAGGCGGAGACACGGAAUCCCAUCAACCCUGAACUACAUAUUGCUGGACGGCACCCCGUCCCCCCCUCUCCGACCGUACCCCCACCACCAGUGCGACAGGCCAGUCUCUGUUUACAGGCCCCGCGUGGACUGCUGUCACCGACUGUGGAUGGUCGACACUGGCCUUCUAGAAGUUCCUAAUGAAAGAAAGCAAUUGAGGCCGCCAGCGAUCGUCAUAUUUGACUUGCGUACCAACAAACAGAUACUCAGAUACGAGCUGAAAUCCACUGACCUGGUCAACGAGAGUACCUCUGGAGGCCUAACAUCAAUUACGGUAGACGCGUCGCCACAAUCGUGCAACGGCGCAUACGCAUACAUAAACGACCUAGCCACUAACGGCCUAAUCGUAUUCUCAUUGAAAGAGCGAGACAGCUGGAGGAUCGACCACACCAGCUUCGUUCAUGACCCAGCUGCUUUGAACUUCACUGUGGCUGGGCAUACAAUAAACUGGAGGGACGGCCUUUUCAGUCUAGCGCUAUCUGAACCCAGGGCAGACGGCUCCAGGACAGCGUACUACCACCCCCUGGUCUCUACUCAGGAGUUCUCCAUCAACACUGAGAAUCUGAAGAAGAAGACCAAGGAUAUUGAGGGACUUGUUACACCACUCGGCGACCGUGGGUUCCUAACCCAGAGUGGGUCGCACGACUACCACGCACCCACCAAGACGUUGCUCUUUGGGAACGUGGCACAAGACGCCAUCUUGUGUUGGAACGUGGAGACGCCGCUGAAACCCGAAAACGUAGUGGUGGUCGCACAAAAUCAUGAAAAAUUGGUUUAUAUUUCAGAUCUGAAAGUCAUCGGAGAAGAAGUGUGGGUUCUGGUAAACCAGAUUCCGCGGUUCGUGUAUUCUAGGCUGGACCCUGAUGAAGAUAAUUACUUCAUUCACAGAAGUAACGUUCGGGACUUGAUCCGGGGAACAGCCUGUGAUACAAGCAAUAAUAAUAUACUGAUAAUAAUAAUAGACUGAAAGUUAACGAUUAAAAGAAAAAAAAAUAUAUUUUUAAUCUUUAUCUUAUACAGACUUGAAUGUACGCAAAUAUGCUUCAAUUUUUUUCUAAGAUUGUGUUGAUAUAAAAAUAUAUCAUUUAUGUACAUAAAGUAAAAUAAAUAGAACUUGUACUAAAGUAGAUACUUACCUAUAAGUACUUAUUUAUUUAUUUAUUCACAAAAACGAUGUACCUGUGUCCUGAAAAAGGAAUUAUAAAAAAAAGUGAUGUAAGUAUGUAUACUUAUUUACAUUAUAAUUUGUUAUUUUUGUUUUUUUUUUUUAUUUCUUAAGUAUUUUCCACGCGACAAAACGUACUAAAAUUUUCCUUUCUUAGCACAUAGUAUCCCAAAACUAUCAAAAAUCGUAUACAGCCAUGAUUUUUCAAUAAUAAACAUAAUGCCCCGUUUUACACAGUUU